AUGAACUUGGGAUAUCAGUGCGGUUUACCUAGAGUUCAGACAACUGAUUCCCAGCUGAUUGUUCCUCCUCUCGGCGCUUCUUUUCCUCAUAGAUGGCUGCGAGACGCCUGCCAAUGCGCAGCCUGCGUGCAUCCGUCUACAUCUCAGAAGCUUCGUAGGACAUCGGAUAUUCCCGCUGAUAUUCGUCCCAUUCCUCAUGGCGUAACUUUCCAGGACAGUGGCAUACACGUCGAGUGGGUAGAUAAUCACAAAUCGUUCUACGAGCAUUCUUUCUUGGAACGCUACUCAUCAUCUCCGCGACUGUCGUCUUUUCACAAAGAUGUACAACCCAUAUCUUGGGAUGUAUCUACCAUCUCCCAAGUACCUGACCUCUAUAUGUCCUACGAAGCUAUAAACAAGCCUUCCCAGCUUCUCUCUGCCAUCACACAGCUUACUCGCUAUGGACUACUCUUCCUCACAGGUGUCCCGAACACCGAGCACACAAACAAGACAUGCGAGCUCCGCAAACUUGCCAAUAUGUUUGGCGAACUGCGCGAAACCUUCUACGGGGAGCUGUGGGAUGUCAAGAACAUCCGUCACAGCAAAAAUAUCGCCUAUACUAAUCUUGACUUAGGUAUGCAUAUGGAUCUCCUAUACUUCGAACACCCACCUCGAUAUCAGAUUCUCCACUGUCUUCGCAAUCGGGUGGUAGGCGGUACUUCGCGUUUUGUUGACGGUCUCCACGCUGCGGAGACGUUGCGUAAGACCCAUCCAGUAGACUUUGAUAUCCUGGCUACCACACCGGUCCCAUUCCAUUACGUCAAUGAUGGACAUCACCUUCAUCACGAGCACCCCACCAUCGAACUCGCUUCCUUGCCCCCAGCAACAGGCUCUGGCUUGUCCACCACCGGUAUUUCUACACCCAGCGUGCCUAAAAUAAAGCACAUCAAUUAUUCCCCGCCUUUCCAAGCUCCUCUGCUGUUAGAUUCGACUCCUCCCGCAUUUUACGGCGCCCUGGGACGCUAUGCUGCUCUGCUUGAUGAUCCUGCGAACAUCCUAGAUUAUACCCUGCGCGAAGGCGAUGCUGUCCUAUUCGACAAUCGGCGGGUUUUACACGCACGUACUUCAUUCACUGACGAUGGCUCCGGUGCGGAUGCAUAUAACGAGACGACUCGAUGGCUGAAGGGCUGUUAUCUCGAAGCUGAUGCCAUUUUAGAUCGGGGAAGAGUGUUGCAGACGAAGCUUGAGAAGGAAUCUCUCUAG